AAGUAUAUAAGUUAAGUUGCGUGGUCAUACGUCACAGUUGGUUAUGAAUCGUGAGCCAUGCUGUGGCUAGUGGUCUGUGCCGUGGCUCUGUGGCUAGUGGUCAGGCGGUUUCAGAACCGCAGGAUAAUAGAAGUGGCUAGUAAAAUAAAAUGUGGCGUCAAAGCUUACCCUUUGGUUGGCCAUGCGUAUUUGUUUAUGGGGGGUGGAGUAAAUCGUAUGGAAUCAUUUCAGAGAUUAGGUCGCGAUGCUAUCAAAAAUGGUGGACUCUCUAAUUUCUGGCUGGGGGGACACUAUUAUACGGUGGUCGUAGAUCCCGUGGAUUUAGAAGUUAUAUUAAAAACUUCUUUGGAAAAGGAUGAUAUUAUGCGCUUUGCAAGAAACCUUAUCGGCAAUGGAACGAUUUUUGCACCAGUGAACAUCUGGCGUCCUCGUCGCAAAGUCCUGGCUCCGACCUUCACGCCCAAAAACCUGAACAACUUCGUGAAUAUCUUCGCUCGGCAAAGUCAGGUGAUGGUGGAACAACUACAGUCUGUUGAGGGGAAAGGCAACUUCUCAGUUUGGAAGUAUAUUACCAGUUACACUAUGGAUUCUGUUUGUGAAACCGCCCUAGGUGUAAACGUAAAUGCGCAAAAGACUACGGACGAGCCAUUUCUGAUGGCGUUUGAAGAGUGCUGCAAGUUAAUGGCUGCCCGCAUGUUAGCCCCGUGGUUGCAUGCUGAUGCUGUGUAUAAGCUGUUACCCCAACAUACUGGCUUUGAAGCCUGUAAGAAGCUCAUCUGCAAUUUUAUUGACCAGGUGAUAAAAGCAAAACGGAAAAGCAUAAAGAUAGACGAGACCAACAUCACGAAAAAAGACACCACCCAUGACAUGAAGACCUUCCUAGAACUCCUGAUAGAAGCAUCAGGGGGAGACCGAGGGUACUCCGACUUGGAGCUACAGGAGGAGACCCUGGUCAUCGUAGUAGCUGGUACUGAUACCUCGGCUGUAGGGGUGUCUUUUGCUGUCAUGAUGCUGGCCAGACAUCCUGAUGUGCAGGAAAUGGUGUAUAGAGAGUUGUAUGAAGUAUUCGGCGACUCAGACAGACUCAUUACCCCAGAAGACCUGCCUCGUCUCAAGUACUUGGAUGCCGUGGUCCGAGAAACAUUACGGUUGUACCCACCAGUGCCAGUCGUUGUGAGGAAAAUUGAAAAAGACGUACAACUACCGUCAGGAGUAACCCUAGUAGAAGGCUGUGGAGUAUUAGCCCACAUUUGGAGUACUCAGCGCAACCCUCGGUAUUGGGGGGAUGAUGCGGAGCAGUUCCGACCAGAACGCUUCCUCGAGACCACGUUCAAACAUCCUGCUGCCUUCAUGGCUUUCAGUCAUGGACCUAGGAAUUGUUUAGGCUACCAAUACGCGAUGAUGUCAAUGAAGACAGCGUUAGCGACUCUUGUCAGAAGAUACCGAGUGUCCACUUCUGACAUGGCCAGAAGUAACGGCUGCAAACCAGAAGAUAAGCCCAUCACGGUCACCUUUGAUAUCAUGAUGAAAGAUGCUGAUAGGUUCACUGUACAAUUGGAUAAAAAAAUGUUGUGGAUAUUAGCGGCUUUAUUUCUCAUGCUUUGGACAAUGAUGGCCAGAUUCAAGAAUCGAAGAUUGAUCGCUUUGGCUGACAGACUUGCACCAAGGAGUAUUGCGUUGCCCUUUGUUGGACAUGGCUAUCGAUUUUUGGGAGAUGAUGAAGAUCGUAUGGAAACGUUCAAAAGAAUUGGAUACGAGGCGAUAGAGAAAGGCGGACUUAUUUCCCACUGGCAAGCAAAUAAGCUUUACGUCUUGGUAGCCGACCCCGAGCCUGCGGAGGUUCUACUCAAGACAUGCUUAGAGAAGGAUGACGUCAUGAAGUAUUUUAGAAGACUCCUUGGAAACGGCAGCGUGUUUGCACCAGUCCCAAUAUGGCGUCCGCGUCGCAAGAUGCUAGCUCCGACCUUCAGCCCUAAGAACCUGAACUCGUUCGUGAAGGUGUUCUCCAACCAGAGCAGCACCAUGGUGAAACAGCUCAGCUCCGUCGCUGGCAGAGGCGCCUUCUCCAUCUGGAAGUACCUCACUACUUACUCCAUGGAUUCUGUUUGUGAAACGACACUAGGUAUAAAGAUGAACUCCCAGCUGCAGCCAGACCAGCCAUUUCUUCACGCCUUCGAAACCUGCUGUCGUAUAGACGCCAAACGCAUUUGUCAGCCGUGGUUAUACAAUGAGACGGUCUACCGUUUCUUCUGCGCAAAUGCCUCUCAAAUGUAUGCACAUGGCAAGGACCUGAUAAUGAACUCUAUGAACAAGGUAUUAAGGUCCAAAUGGAUAUAAAAGAAGUUUAGAAAAGAAAAGAUGGAACAAGAGACUUCACAAAAGGAAGAAAGCUGGAAGACCUUCUUGGAACUGCUCAUGGAAUCGCCAGUGGAGCAUAAUAACGUGACUUUAAGAGAAGAAACCCUGGUUAUCGUGUUAGCUGGUACUGAUACUUCGGCAGUUGGAUCGGCUUUCACUACUCUCAUGAUGGCCAAGUAUCCUGAUGUGCAGGACAAAGUUUAUGAAGAAUUACAGAGUGUGUUUGGCGAUUCAGACAGACCAGUGACUCCUGAAGAUCUACCCAGCCUCAAAUACUUGGAAGCUGUCAUAAAAGAGACGUUACGAAUGUAUCCUCCCGUACCUUUCAUAGUACGUCAAGUCCAGAAAGAUGUUACUCUGCCUUCAGGUAUAACAAUAUUAGAAGGCUGUGGCCUCUUCAUCAGCAUCUGGUCUAUCCACCGCAACCCUCGGUACUGGGGCUGUGACGCGGAGCAGUUCCGUCCUGAGCGCUUCCUCGACGCGCCGCCCACACACCCUGCCGCCUUCAUGCCCUUUAGCCAUGGUCCCAGGAGUUGUUUAGGAUACCAAUACGCGAUGAUGUCAAUGAAAACUGCGAUUGCGACGAUGUUGCGACGAUACCGCGUUCUGCCUAGUGAGACGAAUAACUAUGUAAACCAGGAUAAGUUUGACUUUGAUGAAACUAAGAGAGAUAAUUUUGACUUCAAUGGAACCAAGAGAGAUAAGUUUAGCUCAGAUGGAAUCAAAGGAGAUCUUAGAGUGAAGUUUGAUAUCAUGAUCAGAGACGUCAACGAUUUUGUUGUGCAACUUGAAUUGAGAUAAGAUUAUUUAUAUGUA